AUGGUAGUAGGCGGCGACGGCGAUGAUAACGGAGCGGAGGAGGAUCGUUGGUUAGUUACAUCGAAGAAUCUUUUAGCCUCAAGUGACUUCAAGGGAGCAAAGACAUUAGCUAUCCACGCAUGCGAAGAAGACUCGUCCCGUACACAUGCAGCUGACUACAUCAUCGCCAUCUCCGACACUCUCCUCGCCGGAGACUCCACCGUCGGAAGAGACUCAAAACUACCAGACUGGUACGCUGUACUCCGUCUCGACAAGCUAACUCAAAACCUCGAACACAUCGCCGUUCAGUACCGUAGACUCGCUCUCCUCCUAAACCCUACUGUUAACCGUCUCCCUUUCGCUGAUCAAGCGCUUAAGCUCGUCUCUGACGCUUGGUGCGUCCUCUCUAAUGGUUCAAGAAAGUCAAUAUACGACCGAGAGUUGCAGCUGAGUCAGCUCGGUCAACGUUGUAGUCAACCGGAGGAGUUUAAGUGCCGAGAGGAGAGUAAAGAUGAGACCUCGGAGAAGAAUCAUAAGGAGGCUGCGACGAGUUUUUGGACGGCUUGUCCGUACUGUUAUGCUCUUUUUGAGUAUGCUAAGGGUUAUGAAGAAUGUGUGUUGAGGUGUCAGCAAUGUGGGAGAGCGUUUGAAGCGGUUAAGACGGAGACGCCACCUGUGGAGAGUAAUGGGGAAGGGGUUUACUUUUUCUGUUCGUGGGCUAUGUUCCCUGUAGGGUUUUUAGGUGAGGCUAAAAGGUGUGAUUCUGGUUGGUCGCCAGUGUCACAUUUAUUCCACUGCCCUGUGCAACGCCCUUCUGAUCAUCAAGAAACACCUGCUCCAAGAAACUAUCAUGAUGAGUUAUAUAUAACAAUAUCUGAUGAUGAUGAAGAGAGAGAUGAUGCAAAGAAAAGUAGGAAAGGAGGAUGA